AAAACUCUCAUCAUCAACUAGCAAGUAUUUCUCUUCUCACAUGUGAUAUUUUAUCAUCUUACAAAUCGAAAUGUACACCUAUGAUAAUUCCAUGGAUCAUUCACUAUAUUUUUUCUUAUAUAUAAUUAUUACAAUUAUCCCCUAUACUUGAAAUACCCUAAAAAUUAUAAAUCCAUCCCAAACAAGCCCUUAUUUUACAAACCCUAAUUUUAGGUUUUUGGAUUCAAAAUUCAAAAUAUAUCUCAUGUUGAUGCCAAAUAUGAAGAACAUGAGUAUAAAUGAAGAAGGAAUUGUAGGAGAAGAGUCAUGGGAGUUAGCUCGGGCGUUCGCCGAGGAUACAAGGAAUAACCCAAGAGGUACAAACUGGCCACCAAGGUCAUAUACUUGUACUUUCUGUAGGAGAGAAUUUAGGUCAGCUCAAGCUCUUGGUGGUCAUAUGAAUGUUCAUAGACGUGACCGGGCCCGUCUUCAUCAUCAACAGUCUAAUGUUCAAGCCCAAGCCCAAGUCCAAGUCCAAGUCCAGGCCCAGUACAUGAAUGUCGGCCCGACCACAGCGUCGAUCUACUAUCAAUUUAGUUCUACUGGUAGUCAUUCCUUGCCUACUAGUAGGUAUUAUAGUGAUUAUAGUGAGAUGCAAGUUAAUGAGAUGUCAAAUGGUAUUAUUAGGGUUAAUAGCGAACAAAAAGCACCCAUUCAAGAGCUUGAUCUAGAGCUUCGCUUGGGACACGUACGAACUCCAACAGAGACGAAUUCAGGAUACUAAUAAGGUGGGCUGAAAUUUUACUUAUACACGUAUGGUUAUAAUUAAUCGUCUAUUGUUGUUCUGAUAUGUUAUAUAUUAUAGUUUGAUAUUAGAUUUUAAAUCAAAUAACUCUGGUUAUAACCUAUACAGAUCCGAGUCUAAUUUCAUCCUAAUUAAAGGGCCAGUAUCAAUUGAGGUUAUAUUUGGAAGAGUAUUUGUUUUCAAUUUUGGGUAAUAUAAGUGGGUGGAUUGAUAUUUCUCAAGGGUUUUGAAAUCAACUAAUUUGGGCUAUAACCUAAACAGAUUUCGA